CAAGUUUAGUACAUAAGAAUAUAUUCGUUCAAUUUUGCAAAGUUCAUUCUUUUCAGUUUAAACAUAGAUUUUUUAAAUUAUUGAUUUUCAAGCAGCUUGCUAUAAAGUAAUGAACUAGAUAUAUACGUAAAUACUAAUAUAGAUUAAACUGACAGGAAUAUAAGUAAACUUAACAGAAUAAAUUGAAUAUCAACUGUUAAACAAAAUGGCGACUAGAGGAUUUAGUACAGAUAUAUUAUCUGAUGAAACAUUUGAUUUACUGUGUACAGUGUGUAAAAACAAGGGUAAGAAUACAGAAGCUGCAAAAUAUUGCACAGAUUGUGCAGACUAUUAUUGUACGACCUGUGUCAAAGUGCACGACGAUGUACCAUUACUGAAAGGACAUAAAAUUCUUGAUCAGGGGAAAGCAAAGACUGGCACUAGGAAACAGCUGCCUGUGGUCCCAACAGAGAGAUGUGAUAGACAUGGACAUAAACCUGUGGACAUGUACUGUCAAAACCACGACAAUGUUGGAUGUGCAGCAUGCAUGGCUGUUGAACACAGGUCUUGCAAGGGUAUCUUUUACAUACCGGAAUAUAUCCAAAACAAUGUCACUUCAACUUCUACUCAAAACACUAAGAAGAAACUUGAAUCCACUGAGGAGACAUUGAAAAACAACCUCCAAAAGUUUGAGAAAGAAAAACAGAAUGUUUUGAAGAGGAAAUCUGAAUCUAUCGAAAAUGUCAGAAAGUUUAGGAGAGACAUCGAUAGAACGCUUGAUGAAAUGGAGAGGAAUUCUGUAGCUGAAAUAGAAGAUAGAUAUAAAGCUGUCUUACAACAAAUAGAAGAUGCCAUAGAAGCCCUCCAAGAAAACAAGAAGGAUGUUACAUCUGCACAAGAUACUUUGGCAUCUGCAGGCAAUAAUGUCUCUCAAGUGUUUGUUAGCAUAAAGAAGGGUCUUGCAGCUGCAAGCAAGGCAGACAAAUCACUUGAAGGAAGAAAACCUGGGAACCAGGACAAGGAGAUCAUCUUUACACCUGAUCAGAACAUACUUAGAAUGUUAGAAGAGUUAAAUUCACUAGGACAGGUUACACUGAUGGACACUUUACUUCAGACCAAAGGAAUGAAGAAAUUUUUUGUAAAGAGACCAUCAGAUACAGAGAAAUGUGAUAUUUUUAGUUCCUGUUUUCUAUCAGAUGGAACAGUAAUACUUAGUGAUAACAACAACAACAAGCUCAAACGUUUGGACAGUUAUAAUUACUCUGUUAGAGAUCAUUAUGUCCUUCCUGGACAACCUUGGCAAGUGUGUCCAAUCAACAACCAGGAAGUUGCAGUGAGUACACGGAGCCAGUCAGAAAUAUUGUUUGUAACAAUUGGAAAUAAAAUGACCAAAAAAUCAACAAUGAAAUUCGGCUUUAACUGUUAUGGUCUAGCUUAUGCUGGGGACAUUCUGUACAUUUCAGAUCAGAAAACAACAGUGUACAUGUAUUCAUUAUCUGGACAAAAGUUGAAGCAGUGCAGUAUUGAUCAGUCAAUACAGAAUGUAAUCCAUAGUCUAGCAGUCAGUAAGGAUGGCUCUAAGAUUUAUGCUGCUAUUCCUGAUAUAGGUCUGAUUGUUCUGGACAACACAGGGAAGGUGGUGAAGACUUUCAAUAAUCCAGAGCUGUAUGGUGCCUGUGACUGUCAUGUUACUGAUAGAGGAAGUGUCCUUGUAUGUGGAUAUGGGUCCAACAAUGUGCUGCAGUUCACACCUGAUGGUGAGCUGAUGGGAGAGGUGGUCAAGUCUGAUAGAUGUCAGACUGUCUGCUGCAAUCAGCAAAUGACCAAAAUGAUUGUUGGCAAAGAGCAAAAUGAAAUUGAAGUGUAUGAUUUGGUUUAAAAGUGGGUUAACAGAAAAUGAUUAUUAUGUCAUAAUUAAUGUUAUUCUUAUGAAGAAUAAGUCUUGUUUGUCAAUAUAAUUUUUAUGCACAAAUU